AUGAACAAGAGGCAGUAUAGUCUUGCGGAACUGCUGACAGAACUUCAGGCAGCUGAAGGAUUGUUUCGGCAGAGUGUUCAUGUGAAUGUGGCUGAGAAAGGUUCUUUCUCUAAGCCGAAAGGCAAUAAGAAGAAGAAAAAGGCUCAGACACAGAAAGCUGUGAAGGCAGUGGGAGUUCAAGGUGGUGUGAAAAAGCCUAAGGGAAAGUGCUACCGGUGCAAGCAGUCAGGUCACAGGAAACAGGAUUGUCAUCUUCCUAAGAAAACAAACAAUAUUGGUAUGUCUCUUUCUCUAGUUACAGAAACAUUUAUAGCGGCUAUAUCUACGAGCACUUGGGGACAAACCGAGUCUAAGACAUAUUCGGAUAUGGGGUUGUCCAGCACAUGUGCUGAACAAGAACGCGACUAA